GACGAGAUGCACAACCUGCGGCAGCCCCCGGAGAUGACAGAGCAGCCGGAAGAGAAGCUGGUCGUGUUCCCCAGUGAUGACAUUGUGCUGCGGUGUGAGGCCACUGGGACCCCCCCCCGCGAGUUCCGCGUGGACGAUAGGACGGACGCUGUCGAACCACGCCAGGAGGACCGCGGUGUGACGGUCGUCAGAGGGUUACAGGGACCCUGUAUGGUGAACAACAGCAACGGUGGGCAGACCAGGGCGUCUAUCGGUGCUAGUAGCCAGCAACGACCUGGGCACGGCCAUGGGCCGGAGAUACGCGUCACGCGAGAGCACCCCCAGUGGCCCAAGGAGAAGGUUUCACCAUUGGAGGGGAGGAGGGGGAGUCUGUCAUCCUGCCUGCAACCCCCCGACAGCGCCGUGCCCCCAAAAGCUACUGGCUGAACAGCCGGAUCGUGCACAUUGCGCAGGACGAACGGGUCAGCAUGGGCAGGACGGGUACUUGUACUUCGCCAACGUGCGGCGCUCGGACUCUCACCCGACUACAUCUGCCACGCCCACUACCUGGCCCCCGAACCAUCAUCCAGAAGGAGCCGAUCGAGCUGCGUGUCGGCCCAGUA